AUGGCAGACCGUGUAUCUGAGAAAGUGACUGCCACCCCAUCUUUCAAUUACCCGUUCGCCGCCGCCCCCGACAUCAUACGCGCCCACCAGAAGGACUCUUACUUCGAAGGCAUCCUACUCAACCACCUCUCAGCCCUCCUGCGGCGUCUCUACGGUGCAAGAUUCCUGCACACCUAUACAUCUGAAGCUCGAUCAUUUUCGGAACUGCUGUACCUGAGUCUCACUACAUUCAUUGGGAACAGGACUUUGGGCGAGGAGUACUGCGACAUAAUACAAAUAGAGGAUGAUACUCUGAAGCUGCCGGCACUGGAGAGGAGGGCUGGAUAUAUCCUGUCGAGUGUACUGCUGCCAUAUGGAUUGGCAAAGAUACUGCCCAGUUUCCGGGCAAGGAUACGAGCGAAGCUGGAGGGGAAUUUGAGGAAGAUGGGCCGGCGUAAGGAGGAGGCGAGUAGGAAUUACAGGAUACAGACGUAUCUCUUGGAACACCUCGCAACCAUCACCUCGCCAUCACCACUGCACGCAUUGACGUUAACGGUGUUCUACUUCUCGGGGGCCUACUACCAGCUCUCCAAGCGGAUAUGGGGGUUGCGGUAUAUCUUCACCAAGAAGAUUGCGCCGAGCGAGGCGAGGGUGGGAUAUGAAGUGCUGGGGGUUUUGCUCUUACUGCAGAUCGGCGUACAAGCCUGGCUGCAUCUCCACCACACCCUACGGACGCCCAAUCCCGUGCCAGCAAACGCCAGCCAAAUGAACGGGGGCAGCGCCAUCCUCGAGGGCGGCGUAGAAAUCUCACUGGAGCCUCCGUCCCACGGCAAUGAGCUACUUUUCGAAUCCAACAACGUCGUCUCGCAUACCGGGAAUGAAGUUGGGAUUGUGACGCACACUCAGGUUUUAAAGGAACCGAGGUAUGAUCUAAGGAAAGAAGACGUGAUGGGAUUCAUCAAAGGCCAGAACAGGAAGUGUACGCUGUGCUUGGAGGAGCUGAAGGAUCCGAGCGCGGCCGCUUGUGGGCAUGUCUUUUGCUGGGAGUGUAUUGGGGACUGGGUGAGGGAGAAGCCGGAGUGUCCGCUUUGUAGGAGAGAGGUGGGUUUGCAGCACAUCUUGCCGUUGAGGGCCUGA